AUGUCUCACGGUCGCGGAUCAGGAGAGAGUGACUUGUGUGACGCAUCUAUAUCUGGGGAUGAUCGGGUAGAACUCAGGGCUGUCAGGUGUCAAUCGGGGAACGAUCGAUUGGGUGUCCGGGGUGCAAUAAAGAUAGGGGACAAUACGCUUCGCCGUGCCAGCUAUGAGGCUAUAUUCUCGUUGAGUCGGGCGCUUGGGAAGACUGUCCUGUCGGGUUGGAAAACCAACAUCGGACCGGGAUGUUGUUCCCUCCUUGUCUGA